UUUUAAAUUCUUCGGAACCCUACUCAUUCGGCGACUCUAUAUAUACGAGCUUAAAAAUAUCAACAAAUUAAGAAAUUUUUAUAACUCAUCCGUCUUGCUUGCAAGGCUCCACCGUUCGUCCGCCGCCGCCGCCGUUGUCGCCGGUCAGGGCUUUGUGAAGAUUUAAGUGGACAGAAUGCAGGCUACGAGUGGUGCUGCAGUGAUGGGCUCUCUGCAAGUUGCUGUUUGUGCGAAGGGAUCAUGUUUUCCUUCAAAAAGUUCUAGCUGUGUGUUUCCGCAACACAAGAAAAUGACCAUCUUGAAACCCUGUAAAUCCUCUAAUGUUGAAGCAAGCAUGGUUGCGGGGAAACCAUCAUCUUCUGUAUCUGUCACUGUUCCGGAAAUUGGAGGUGUAAGCCAGUUUGUAGACCACGCCUUGAGUGAAAUAGAUCCCGAAGUUCGAAGUAUUAUUAAUAAAGAAAAGCAGAGACAGUUUAAAAGCCUUGAACUUAUUGCCUCAGAGAAUUUUACUUCUCGGGCAGUUAUGGAGGCAGUAGGAUCUUGUCUCACAAACAAAUAUUCAGAAGGAUUACCUGGAAAAAGGUACUAUGGUGGUAAUGAACAUAUCGAUGAGCUUGAAACACUCUGUCAACAAAGGGCUCUAGCAGCAUUUCAUUUGGACAAUAACAAGUGGGGUGUAAAUGUUCAACCAUUAUCUGGUUCACCUGCUAACUUUGAGGUUUAUACUGCAAUUCUUAAUCCACAUGAUCGGAUCAUGGGUUUGGACUUGCCUCAUGGAGGACAUUUGUCUCAUGGGUUUAUGACACCAAAAAGGCGGGUGUCAGGCACAUCAAUUUAUUUUGAAUCUAUGCCUUAUCGUCUUGAUGAGACUACAGGCAUUGUAGAUUAUGACAUGCUUGAAAAAACUGCUAACUUGUUUCGACCAAAGCUGAUUAUUGCUGGUGCUAGUGCUUAUCCACGAGAUUUCGACUAUCCUCGCAUGAGAAAAAUUGCCGAUGCUGUUGGUGCUUUUCUCAUGAUGGAUAUGGCUCACAUAAGUGGGCUUGUUGCUGCUUCUGUUGUUGCUGAUCCUUUUGAAUACUGUGAUAUCGUGACCACAACGACACACAAGUCUCUGAGAGGUCCGAGGGGUGGAAUGAUCUUCUUCAAGAAAGAACCUGUGCUUGGAGUUGACUUAGAAUCUGCUAUUAAUAAUGCCGUGUUCCCCGGAUUACAGGGUGGUCCUCAUAAUCAUACAAUUGGGGGACUAGCUGUAUGCUUGAAGCAUGCACAAUCCCCAGAAUUUAAGGUCUAUCAGAACAAGGUCAUUUCCAAUUGUAGAGCUCUUGCAAGUCGACUUGUCAAGUUGGGUUAUAAGCUAGUUUCCGGGGGAAGUGACAACCACCUAGUUCUUGUAGAUCUCAGGCCAUUGGGUAUCGAUGGUGCUCGGGUGGAGAAAAUUCUCGACAUGGCCUCAAUCACUCUCAACAAGAACUCGGUACCUGGUGACAAGAGUGCUCUAGUUCCAGGAGGCAUUCGAAUUGGGUCGCCUGCCAUGACCACCCGAGGAUUCACUGAGAAAGAGUUUGUAGCGGUUGCAGACUUCAUCCAUGAGGGUGUUAAGAUAACUCUUGAUGCCAAACCACUGGCCCCAGGAUCAAAGCUCCAAGACUUCCUCAAGUUUGUGACAACAUCUGAUUUCCCUUUGAUCGAUCGAGUUUCAGAUCUUCGCGCAAGAGUCGAAGCUCUUACCACUCAAUUCCCAAUGCCUGGCCUCUAAGUUUUUCACUUUAGAGAAGGAAAUGGUUCCAAAUUUACAAUAACAACUGACCCAAAACGGGGACAAGGUCGGAUAAAAUGUCACAUGUUCAAGGACAUGUUUGUGUUGAUUGUAGUAAUAAUACAAAUUAGAUAGUUUGUAACAUUUUUAUUAGCUGUUGUUGCAGCGAUGAGGCUCUGGUGGGAACUGUAUCAUUGAUCGAUUUCUCUUCCUAUGUUUUUCACUUUUUUCUCCUCU